AUGUCCCCAUAUCAAUUGGUGUAUGAAAAGGCUUGUCAUCUACCAUUGGAACUGGAACACAAAACCUUCUGGGCUCUCAAAUUACUAAAUCUUGAUAGUGCUGCCACUGGUGAGAAAAGGAUCUUGCAACUGCAAGAACUGGAGGAGUUCAGGUCUCAAGCCAAUGAAAAUGCCAAAAUCUAUAAGGAGAGGGCAAAGAAAAAGCAUGAUCUCAAUCUGGCACCAAGAAGUUUUGAAGAAGGACAGCAAGUACUCCUCUACAACUCCAAACUGAGACUCUUCCCUGGAAAACUCAAAUCAAGAUGGUCAGGGCCCUUUCUUGUCACAAGGGUCUCACCUUAUGGACACAUAGAAAUCAUGGAGGAAAGCUCAAAGAGGACAUUCACUGUGAACGGACAAAGGCUCAAACACUACCUGGGCAAUAUAGGAGAAGGUCCCAAAAUGAAGUACAUGCUCAACUAA